AUGGAACACGUUCUGAGACCCGACAAGUUAGACCUCGACCCGCAAACUCCUGAAGCCGGAAACGCUUUCGAACUCUGGCUGGCCUGCUUCGAAUCAUAUGUGGAGGAGAUUGAAGAGACCGAGUCCGCCGCGAAGCGCAGAAUUCUCCUCUCCAGGCAGCGGCCCGGAGAGUCGAGCGCUGGGUUCGUCCAGGCCCUACAGACACUCGUGCGGACCUGCGAUUGCCGGGGGCUGACGGCCGAACAGCAUGCGGAGCUCCUAGUAAGAGACGCCUUUGUCACGGGGACCAGGUCAGUGUAUGUGCGCCAGCAACUGCUGGAACACGCCGAUCUUACCUUACGUUCGACGAUUGAGCUGGCCGACACGCUGGAGGCUGCUUUGCACAACUCUGACGCUCUCCAGGCACGCAAUCUCCCUACGGCCUCGUGGAUGCCACAGACCCCGCAACCCACCGGUGAAUCGACCUCGGCUGCUGCCAGUCACGAGUCCGCGGAACUCGUGAUACGGCCAGUAAGCCAGAGGGUCACCAUGGCUUCUGGGUCGCAUACAACAGACAGCCGGGGGGGGUGUUGUGUAGCGAUGCUAGUGGUGCAGGGCACAGAAUAUCGAGACUUCGCAUUACUGGUCAUGCCUCAACUGUGUGCCCCUGUGCUAUUGGGGCUCGACUUCCAGAGCCACCUGAAAAGCGUGACAAUGGCGUAUGACGGGCCCCUCACACCAAUCAUUGUCGUAAAUCCCCAGUUUUGUAGGAAUACGUCACAUACCCCGCUACUGACCACACACACACACCGACCCGCACUUCCCACCCAACAUCAUGCCAACUGCUGCACUACCGACACCACUUGCGGCCUCUCCACCCUCAGGAUCCCUCCCCCACCGCUGUUCGCCAACCUGACCCCCGACUGUAAACCUGUGGCAAUUAAAAGCAGGAGGUACAGUGCGGGGGACAGAGCUUUCAUUAAGUCGGAGGUGCAGCGGCUGCUCAGGGAGGGGGUCACUGAGGCAAGCACAAGUCCUUGGAGGGCGCAGGUGGUGGUUGUUCGGAACGGGGAGAAGAAUAGGAUGGUCGUGGACUAUAGCCAGAUCAUCAAUAGGUUCACGCAGCUCAACGCGUACCCUCUACCCCGCAUCGCGGAUAUGGCGGACGGCAGGCUUUAUCACUUCCUGCGCAUCCCCUUCGGUGUCACGAAUGGUGUAUCUGUCUUCCAGAGGGCAAUGGACCGGAUGGUGGACCAGUGCCAACUGAAGGCCACGUUCCCAUAUCUGGAUAACAUCACCAUCUACGGUCACAACCAACAGGAUCACAACAACAACCUCCAAAAAUUUCUCCAAGCGGCCGAAGUUUUCAACCUCACCUAUAACAAGGACAAGUGUGUAUUCGGGACCACCCGACUUGCUAUCCUUGGGUGUGUCGUGGAGAAUGGAGUCAUUGGCCCUGACCCCGACCGUAUGCGCCCCUUGUUGGAACUCCCUCUUCCCAAUACCCUCAGAGCCCUCAAAAGGUGCCUGGGCUUCUUUUCAUAUUACGCCCAAUGGGUCUCUAACUACACAGACAAGGCCCGCCCCCUGGUCAAGCCCACCACAUUCCCCCUCUCAGCCGAGACCCGCGCGGCCGUCAGCCGCAUAAAAGGGGACAUUGCCAAGGCAGCAAUGCAUGCGGUGGAUGAGGCCAUUCCCUUCCAAGUAGAGAGUGAAGCCUCCGACUUUGUACUGGCUGCUACCCUCAACCAGGCAGGAAGACCGGUGGCGUUCUUCUCCCGUACUCUUCAAGGCCCUGACAUUCGGCACUCCCCGGUGGAGAAAGAGGCCCAGGCCAUAGUGGAAGCCUGCCUCAGGCAUGAGCCUGCACUCGUCUCUGAGCUGAGGUUGAUCCUCUGGUCUGAGGAACCGAGUCUCCGCAUUUUCUCCUACAUCUGCGGGUAG